AGGGUUAUCGUCUGCUAAUGUUUACUGGCACUGGCGGCGAGGGGGAGGCAGUGACAGGCGAGCGGCGAUGGCGGGGGGACGAGCUUCCCAAAACACCCUCGUCAUCUUUCUAUUUCUAGUCACGUGUCGGGUCUCCACCGUCGCCACUGGUCUCGAUGUCAAACAAUUCGGCGACCUUGCCAACAAGACGGCGGAGUGGCUGGCCGCCCUGCACGCCGAACACACACACAUCGAACUGCUGGACACGGACCUGAAUGGCGACCCCAACGUGAGCAUCAAGUCUGUGUACCUCCGGACGAUGGCGGAAGACAUGGCGAACGGCAUCCGCGAUCUCUUCGCCUCCAAACACAGCGCUCUCCAGAAAAUCGUGGAGCUGCUGGAGGACGCCACGACCAUCUACAUCUGGAACGACAAUCUGAACCUCAACACCUCCCGGCCGCUGCUCAUGAAGGACCUCACCGACCUCGACGCCUCCAACGCCAGCCACUUCGACGAGCGGCUCGGCGUGGCGGUGCGGCACAACGUUUCCGGCAUCCACGUCCCCCUCGAGGUCUACGAAGGAUGGUUAUGGCCCAACAUCAGGGAGCUUAGGGAGCAGGAUCCAGAAAUACUGAAUGGCCUUCAGUGGUCAGCAGAUGUUGAUCGAGUUUUUCAAGAAAAUUAUGAAAAGGACCCAACUCUUAUGUGGCAGUAUUUUGCGGCACAAACUGGCUUCAUGCGGGUUUAUCCAGCUACCAGCUGGUACGUUCCUCCCUCACUGGUGGACCUGGACCUGUAUGAUGCCCGCUUGAGGCCGUGGUAUGUCCAGGGCUCAGUGUCCCCCAAGGACAUGAUCAUCUUGAUGGACAGGAGUGGCAGCGUCCAUGGCCAGACUUUCACCAUCAUGAAGUGGGCCGUGAAGACACUGAUUGACACCCUCGGGGAGAACGAUUAUGUUAAUGUUGCUGCCUUCAACAGCACCACUGAAUGGGUUAACAACUGCACAUUAUGUGAGGUGAACAAGACCAGCGAGAACAAGGAGUGCACGCAGCCGCUGAUCCAGGCCACCACCAGCAACAAGAAGCUUCUGUUCAAGGCCAUUGAUGACCUCGAGGACGGGGGAAUGGCCAGCUACUCCAAUGCCCUCACCUUUGCCUAUGAAGCCUUCAAUCAUUUUGAGGCCACUCGGAAGAAAGGGGAAGGUGCGAACUGCCUCAAGACCAUCAUGCUCUUCAGUGACGGGGGAACGGAGUGGCCGGAGGAGGUCAUCAAGAAGUACCGCACUGACAACUUCACCAGGUCAGUUCGCAUCUUUACCUACGCCGUGGGCCCGCACCCCAUCCCCACGGCGGUGCUCAAGCAGAUGGCCUACUGCACUGGCGGCAUGUACUCCGUCAUCACCACCAGGAGCAGCAUCAGGACGAAAAUUCAGGAGUCGUAUUCAAGCAUACUCUCCCCUGCCCAACCCCAGAAUGGAUUUCACACAGAUCAGUUCACAACAACGUACUCGAGUGCCGUGACAGAGGAACUCACUGUGUCCCUCACCAGGCCAGUGUACAACAACUCUGACUACACUAACACAUCAGCUCUGCUGGGUGUAGCAGGGAUUGACGUACCAAUCAAGACCUUAAAAAGCUUGUCGCCCUUUGAAGCCAUCGGACCCAAUGGUUACGCCUUCAUCUUAAACAACAACGGCUUCCUGAUCCUCCACCCAAAACUUCAGAAGCAACUCUCAUACCUCUCAGCCCCACCACACAUCGACCUCCUUGACCUUGAGGAGGACACAAUGAGCAUGGAAUCCUUAAGGACACUCCUUAUCGAGAGGAAGGAGGAAACGAUGCAAGUCUUGGGCAAGAUCAGAAUAGACGACCAUCACCACAUCGUGCACAAUGAGAUCCAGUUUGCCUACACCCCCAUAAAGAAAACACCAUAUAGCCUCGGCCUCGUAAAUCUCAAAAACUCUGACCACAUGGUUAUCCGCAAGCCAGAGAUGCAGCAAAGAAUGAACCUCAACCCCAACCAUACCAUUGUGGCGCCGUGGCCAUACUGCAACAACCACCUGCCCGGCACAGGCAUACAGCAGAUGCUCAAACUGAAAGAGAGCAUGAAGGACAAGAAGAAGAAAUGUAACAUUGACCUCAUCCAAGGCUUGCUGUGGUCCCAGAGCUGGACUGAACAGCUGUACAUGAAGUGGAUGAACGAAAAAAACAACUCGUCAUCAAAGAUCCUUAGCCGAGCUGUCUUCACCAGAUUUGGGUACACAAGAUAUGAUCCACACAGGGACGAGCAAGGUGUCAAGACGUGGCGCGACCCAUGGAACAACCCGGCCCUGAGGCGAGGCGAGGUCACCCGCGGAGUGUCUGUCAUCCCUCAUGCCGAAGGAGCCUACCUCUCAAUGCCUGUCAUUGUCGAGAAGGAGAAGUCACAAGUGAUGGCUGGAGUUGUGGGUGUCAACUUCACUGCCAGCACCCUGCAGCACAACUUUCAGGAGCACAUCAGGGAUGCCGAGUGGCUCACUGAGGAGAAUUACCUGCUGAUGCUGCUGGAUGACGGCGGGCUGGUGGUCACCGCCAACAGGAUGGAGCUUAAUGGAAUCAACCUGCAAGGAAGGUUUAUUGGCGAGCUUCCCAUUCCAAUCCUGACUAACCUGAAGAACUUGGGAAUAUACAAGAUGGACAUGGUGGUGGACAAGCAGGCUCUCUGUAAGCAAAGGAAGCCCAUUGAGUCUGCCGGUGGACUGAGAAGCUGUCGCAUUCCAAGUGUUUUCUCGGUUGCCCUCAAUCUGCUCAAUGAAAUCUUCUCUUGGGCCGAGUACCUGAGAUACUUAAUAUACAGUGGCGUCCUGGCCCUCCUUGCACCGAGUACGGAUGCCUGGACAGAGUGGGGCAUCACACAGAUUGGGGGACUGGAGUCAUGCACGAUGGAGAGGGCCGUUUACUACUUUGGGGAGGUGACUUCCCUCUCAAGUACUAUGAAGUGUACCAAUGCAACUGAAAAGAUUCCUUUCUGGGCCCACCGUAUACCAGACACCAACGCUCUUUUGGUCGCCAUUGAGAUGGACCAAAAUUCGCUUGAGUGUGGUGUUUACUCGGACCUGCCAAGCAUCGUGGCUCGGCGGGUCACAGAGUUUGCCCCGUGUGCUUACCAGGCCCGGUACCGCAAGCAGCCAACCAGCUACGUGGGGUGCAAUGCAACGGUUGGUGAUUCUGGCUGUAAUCGGGGACCUGGACAGCUGGAGUUCUCAGUGGUGUUGCUACUCUUCAUGUUGUUACUCAGCACAGAGGGUGUUAGCAGUAUUCAUCUGGAUGGCUGAACAGAAGUAGUCAAGGAUUAGUGAGACAUUGCAUCGUUUGACCACGCUGCAGAGUUUAUCCGUGGUAGCAGUAUGUAGGUAGCGAUGUAAGUAUGUAUAUGCAGUAACUUUUUUUAAACAUAGCAUCAACCAGUGGGAUAUUUCCUUUCUUCUCGUCACACUGUUAUAGCAUAAUGCUUAUAAACUGUUCUAUUAAGUUUCUUGGUCUACCUAAUAUGCUGUAUAAUUUGCUGAAUAUUUUUGCUUAAGUUUAUAGCCCUUUUUCUACAAUCUCUUGUCUCAGUCAUGAUGCAUAAUCAAGGUUUGCUGUCCCAUGUAUUCUCUAGGGUGCCUUAAACCCUCUGCUAUCAACACAAUGUGGUGCAGUAAGUUGUGUUGCAGACCUGUUGUUUACCAUCAUUGAUAGGACCUUAGCCAUGCUCCAUGUUGAUUAACUUCAGGUACCCAACUUGUAGUGGAGGGGUUGGGGGGGGCGGGUGUGUGCUGGAGGCUGUGUGAAGGAAACAAGACCAAUCAGAAACAGACUUCACCAGGAAACAACUUCCAAGAGUUCUCAGGGACCCAAAUACAAAGUUUGAUAUAACACUUUGACUUCUCUGAGAAGGGUAAAUUUGCCACUUUAGCCAAAGCAUAUUUUUAACAGGAAAUUAAGACAAACAUUUGAUUGCGUUGCCAAGACUUUGCAUUUCACUCCAGUGUGCUUGAGACAUGGUUAUGAUAUUUAUAUUUUUACUGUAUGGAAGGAAAUGUAUCUUUUACCUGUGAUGGUAAUAGUGAUGUUACUCAUUAGCACAUAAUUCAAAACUUUAAAAUUUCUAAGGGAACUUGAGCAUUGAUUGUUUCACUUAAUGGACAGCCAAAACCAUAAUGCAUAAAUAACAUUGGUUCUAACGGUUGGGUGAGCCUCACACAGGAAGGGUCGGCGUGAGGGCCAGGGUGCGGAGGUGUGGGUGUGCCCGGCGUGGCGGGCUGUACAGUAUGUGAGGUAGGACUUGUAGCCGGUAGUUAGUAGGUAUAGUAGAGUCUUAGUAUAUUUUCCUAAUUAAUAGUUGUAUAAGCUUGUCUUGUAUAGUGGAAUUGUUUUAAUGAUGUCUCCUAGAGAGCUUUAUACAGUUAAUUCUACAUAUUUACUAUUUAUUGUAAAUUAUUUUAUAACUUAUUAUUGUUACCAUAACAAUCAUAUUUUAGUGAACAAACUCUACAAUAACAAGAA